GUGAUAGUUAGAAGAUUAGAUAGGAGCGAGUGUUGAAAAUAUACAAGAAAAAAGAUGAAUUGUGUAGUAUCUAAUGUUACAUGUAACGCAUUUUCUCCAUCGAAUUCUAAUGGUGAUACGAGUAGUAAUAAUAUUUUCUCCGUUCAUUCUAGCAACCCGUUGUCACCAAAUGUGAUGGUAAGAUUUCAUCAACAAUUGGAAGUUCCGGUAAAAAAUCAUCAUCAAAAUGAAUUGCCAAAGCUGAAGAGAAAAAGACCGGCAAAGAUAAAUGUUCCGAUUGUAAGAUCGUUGGAAAAUGUUGUAAUUACGCCUUUAGAUCGUCUUGAAGAGAUUGAAGUUGAAGGGGAUGGAUAUGGAGUUUAUAGUAAGAGAGGGACGUCUAGGGCUCAUUUAGAAGAUCGUUAUGCGACUAUUGUCAAUAAUGUUCAUAGCCUACCUAAGCAGGCAUUCUUUGGGGUAUUUGAUGGACAUGGAGGUGCAAAAGCUGCUGAAUUUGCAGCAAAAAGGUUGGGUGACAACAUAUUAGACCACGUAGGAAGAGAAACUUGGGCAAAAUCUGGAAAACUGAUCGAGGAGAAAAUAAGAGAUGGUUAUAUAGCAGCUGACGAAGAGUUUCUUAAUGGAAAAUCAAGUGGCGGUGCUUGUUGUGUUACUGCAUUGAUACAAGAAGGUAGCUUGAUGGUCUCAAAUGUUGGUGAUUGUCGUGCUGUUAUUAGUCGAGGUGGCCUUGCUGAGGCACUAACCACCGAUCAUAGCCCUUCAAGAGAAGACGAAAAAUCUAGGAUCGAGUCUAAGGGUGGUUAUGUGGAUUAUUACAAAGGGGUGUGGAGAAUUCAAGGUUCACUUGCAGUUUCAAGAGCAAUAGGAGACCAUCAUCUCAAACAAUGGGUUACAGCAGAACCUGAAACAAAAACUCUAACCAUUAAACCCGAUUUCGAGUUUCUAAUUUUAGCUUCUGACGGUCUAUGGAACAAGGUUAGUAAUCAAGAAGCAGUAGAUAUAGUUCUGCCAUUUUUUACAGCAGGAAGAAGUAACAAGGUAGAGUUAAAGCAUGCUUGUAGAAAACUUGCGGAAUUGUCCAUUAGUCGGGGAUCAAACGAUGAUACGAGUGUAAUGGUGAUUCAACUAGGCCGAUUUGCUCAAUAAUUUAAUUAGCUGAUUAUACAAUGUUUUUAACUUUUAAGGAUUCGGUUGUAUAUAAGAUAAAUACAUUUCAUUAAUUCAUUUGAUUAUUAUUAGCUAGUGAACUACUAGGUGUGGGAUUGUAAAUAUAGUGUAAUUAUUGAUUCUUCAAUCCAUAUUGUCUACAUUGAAA